CACAGAGGGGCCGAGGCGGACAGAGGGCUCAGGACAGGCUGUGCCAUUCAGAUCACCAUGUACAGCUUCAUGAGUGGCGGCCUCUUCUGUGCCUGGGUGGGGACCAUCCUCCUGGUGGUGGCCACAGCGACAGACCACUGGAUGCAGUACCGGCUGUCGGGGUCCUUUGCCCACCAGGGCUUAUGGCGGUAUUGCCUGGGCAGCAAGUGCUACCUGCAGACAGACAGCAUCGCGUACUGGAAUGCCACUCGUGCCUUCAUGAUCCUGUCCUCCCUGUCUGCGACCUCCGGCAUCAUCAUGGGCAUCCUGGCCUUCGCUCAGCAGCCCACCUUCACCCGUGUCUCCAGGCCCUUCUCUGCUGGCAUCAUGUUUUUUGCCUCCACCCUUUUCAUCCUGCUGGCCUUGGCCAUUUACACUGGAGUCACCGUCAGCUUCCUCGGUCGCCGCUUUGGGGACUGGCGCUUUUCCUGGUCUUACAUCCUGGGCUGGGUGGCCUUGCUCAUGACGUUCUUUGCAGGAAUUUUCUACAUGUGUGCCUACCGGAUGCAUGAAUGUCGGCGCCUGUCCACGCCCCGCUGAGCCCAAAUGUAUCCACCAACUUCUCCUGGAAGUUAAAAUGAGAGAGAGGAGGAAUGGGAGAAGAGGAGGGGAGGGUCUAGAGGUCUGAAAUCCGGGUUCCUGGGGUCAUGAGGGGGCUCGGUCCUGGACUCUGGGUGGGGGCUCCUGACUCCCGAGUCCAGUGGGGGAAGAAGGAAGAAUGGGGCCUGGUGGGAGGGAGUCGAGAAGACUCAAGUCCCCACUUGUCAGGAGGGGAGGGGUGUCUGAGAAAUGGAAUAUCCAUUAGAGCAAUUUGUUGGAGUCUAAUAAAACUGAUGUGAAACUA